GUCCAACCGGCCAUUGACAAAAAAUAAAUAAAAUAAAAUAAAAAUAAAAUCAAAGGGUUGAGAAUUUGAGAUGAAUUAGAAGCAAACGGGGGCCUACGAACACGACGCGGUGUAAUUGCGAGUAGGUUGAAAUCGAAUUGAAUCAAAUCACGUUUCUCACCUCCUUCCGCUUACUGCCACUCCUUUCUCUUCUGCUCUCUGCUCUGAUUUCCUCUUUCUCUACUUUUGCGCCUGAUACGGUGGUGGUAUGUGUCUUCUGAUGCUUAGGACUUAGGAGUGUGCCAGCUACUCAAAUACUCCCUCCGCAACACCGCAAAAAUCUGGUAGGAUUAAGGAACGAUUUUAAGCAGUCUUAAUUAAAUCCUGAUUAUGCUGAAAGCUCUCCUUCAAUCAUGGUGGAGUUAUUUAAGCACAAUGCUACAAAUUGGAUGCCUAGAGUGGACCACUAAUGAUCCCAUUGAAGUCCAAAUGAUCCGUUAUGCUUGGUCAUUUUACCUAUUGUGAUUGAGAAUGUGGAACUUUGCUUCAAACUGUAUUGCUGGAAGUGUGCGGCAGAAAAAUGAUUCCACAAAGCCAACUCAUUCUGCAUCGGAAUGUUCUGAUGAUGAGAAUUCGGUUGUUGGGAGAGAAGAAGGGCUGGAAUGCCCAAUAUGCUGGGAAUCUUUCAACAUUGUUGAAAAUGUGCCCUAUGUAUUGUGGUGUGGCCACACCCUUUGUAAAAAUUGUAUCCUGGGACUGCAAUGGGCCGUUGUGAAGUUCCCAACGCUGCCAAUUCAACUUCCUCUCUUUAUCUCCUGCCCGUGGUGCAACCUUCUAUCUUUCCGUCUGGUUUAUCAAGGGAAUAUUAAAUUCCCUCGCAAGAACUACUUUCUUCUUUGGAUGGUUGAGAGCAUGAAUGGUGAUAGAGGGAAAUCACACUCAAAUUGUGGUGGUGAUAAUCAACAACAUUGGCCAAUUAAAGACAAUUUAACCAUGGGAAGCUAUGUAAGCCAUGGAAAUGCCCGGAGGAGCCAAGUUCACCACCCAGAGACAUCUGGUUCUGGCCCUUAUCAUGGCAAUACCGGCGAUUAUCUCAGGAUGGAAAGGCUGCAUGCUUCUCUUCGGAAGUCGCUGGUUUUUGUUGUCCAAUUGACAGCUAAGUUCCCAUUGGUCAUUAUAUUUCUUUUGAUCAUCUUAUAUGCGAUACCAGCUAGUGCUGCCAUCUUGGCUCUGUAUAUACUUGUUACGAUUCUCUUUGCUCUCCCGUCAUUUCUCAUCUUAUACUUCUCAUAUCCUAGUUUGGAUUGGCUUAUCAGAGAAAUUGUCACUUGAAACCGUGAAGCAGAAAGUGCCAAUUUCGCAAGCAUUAUGACUAAUGUUUGCUUCUCCCAGUGGCACCAUUUAUCUGAUAUCUUUUACUUUGUAAUUAGCGAAUUCCUUUUACAGGUUGCAUCUUUUCUCUUUUCCAUAUAGAGCCUCAGUAUAAUUGAGUAUUGAUUUUAGCUCUGGUAGAGCUUGGUUCAUUUGUAGGUGUGAUAAAAAUGUUUAGGCCCCAUUUUGGUGGCUAAUAGUGAUUUAUCAAUACAACUUAUACUUUGUACGGACAAAUGGAUAGUCCUUUCUAUACUGUUAAAACUUUUAUGUUUGUAAGUUGUAGUUAUAUCAGUUGUGUUGCUUAUAUCUGGAAGCAUUAUUUUGUUAAUAUUAAAAUUAGUGAUCUUCCUGCUCUUGGCUGUGCUGGAUGGUCGAUCUUAAAGUCAGAAUCCCUUUACAAUGAAAGAAAAGCUAAAGAGGGUGUUUAUUUUUGCA